CUGGCGGCUCCGGUCCGCGCGGCCGCGAUCCACCCCGGCGCUUGGCCUCGCCGCGCUCGCCUCCGCCGCCGCGCUCCCGGGACUCAACCGGCGGGGUUGGGCGCGCGGCCCACGGUCCUGCACGUCGGCCCCCGCCCGCCUGCCCCGCCCCGGCGCGCAUUUCCAUUUUAAACCGCCGCCCGCCCCUCGACCACUGCCGGCGCUCCUGCCAGCCCGUCCAGAUCCCAGGGAGUGGUGGAGACUGCGGACACGCGGGGCUGUGCUGAAAACCCUCGGCGAUGCGCACGGGCCCUGCGCCGUAGACAAUGAAGCCGCGGGUGUCGCCGCCCGCCUUGGGCCCCGCGCGUUGCGCCCGCACCUGUCGGCGAGGCCGUCCCCGCGCCUGAGCGCCCCGCGCGCCCCCGGCCCAUGGCUCGGCGCCCCGGGCCCGGACCCCGGCACGCGGGCCGCGCAGCGUACGGGCGGGCGCGCCCCAGGGCCGACGUCCCCGCAGCCUGAGCGCGCCCCUCUCCGCGCCUCGCUGGCCCGCGCCCAAGGCAGCAUGUACCUGCUGGACGGCGGCGGCGGCGAGCCCGCGCCUCCACCUGAAGACUCGAUGCCACGCGGGACGCCCCCCAGGAAGACCGUUUACCGCAUCUCGGUGACUAUGGUCCGAAAGGAGCAGCUGGCGACGCCGGGCUCCGACGAGCUGGAACUGCGCUCUGCCCGGCGGCCUCGGCCCGCGCGCUCCCCAGACGCGCCCGAGCAGCUGCUGGAGGAGCCCGAGGAGGACGCGGAGGGCGGCUCGCCGCGCUCCUGGGACGUGCGCACAUUCCGUACCCGGAGCACCGGGCAGCUGGAGCUCGGGCGCCUCCGACCUUGCGCGCGCGGCCCGGACCCUGUGGACGUGGCCGGCAGUCCCCCGGUCCUGGAGGGACGAAGCUCGCUCGCGCCUGAUAGCCCAGGCGCAGAGGGGCCACGGGCCCAGACCCUGCGGCGGAGCCUAAGCUUCAGGCACUGGAGCGCGCCCGAGGCGCCUCAAGGCCCGGUCCUGGAUAGUGGAAGGCGCCGCAGCAGCUCAGGGAGCCUGGCCUGGGCGCCGGACGAGGAGCCGGAGACGGGUCCAGAGGCCGCCGCCACCGCCUUGCAGCCCUCCUCGGAGAAGCGCAACACCUUGGACGUAGGCGAGGUGCUCAGCAAGAACGACGCGCUCUCGGACCUCGAGCGCUGGGAGCGCAGCAAGAGCAAGAACCGCACGCUGGACAACAGCGACCUGCAGCGGUUGGAGCGCGCGCGGGCCGCGGCCUCGGAGCACCGGCUGCUGCGCUUCUUCAGCGGCAUCUUUGCGCGCAGGGACGGCGCGCCCUCCCUCCGGAGCGGCGCCCCGCGGACACGCGGCUACUUCAGCAGCCUGCGGCGGGCCCCGGUUGACGCGCACUCCUCCAGCGCAGAGAGCAUCGACGGGUCCCCGCGCAGAGAUGCCUUCGUGAAUAGCCAGGAAUGGACAUUGAGUCGAUCUGUGCCAGAGCUCAAAGUGGGAAUUGUGGGUAACUUGGCCAGCGGCAAGUCGGCCCUGGUGCACCGGUACCUGACGGGCACAUACGUCCAGGAGGAGUCUCCGGAAGAUAUGGAUGCAGGUGGCAGGUUCAAAAAGGAGAUCGUGGUGGAUGGACAGAGCUAUCUGCUGCUGAUUAGAGAUGAAGGGGGCCCCCCAGAGGCACAGUUCGCCAUGUGGGUGGAUGCUGUCAUAUUCGUCUUCAGCUUGGAGGACGAAAUCAGCUUCCAGACGGUCUACCACUACUACAGCCGGAUGGCCAACUACCGGAACACGAGCGAGAUCCCCCUCGUGCUGGUGGGCACCCAGGACGCCAUCAGUUCCACGAACCCACGGGUCAUUGAUGAUGCCAGAGCACGCAAGCUGUCCAACGACCUGAAGCGGUGCACGUACUACGAGACGUGCGCCACGUACGGGCUCAACGUGGAGCGGGUCUUCCAGGACGUGGCCCAGAAGAUUGUAGCCACCAGGAAGAAGCAGCAGCUGUCCAUCGGCCCUUGCAAAUCCCUGCCCAACUCUCCCAGCCACUCCUCGGUCUGCUCAGCACAGGUGUCAGCCGUGCACAUAAGCCAGACAAGCAAUGGAGGUGGGAGUUUAAGUGACUAUUCCUCCUCCGUCCCAUCCACUCCAAGCACCAGCCAGAAGGAGCUCCGCAUCGAUGUCCCUCCCACAGCCAACACCCCGACGCCCGUCCGGAAACAGUCCAAGCGCCGGUCCAACCUUUUCACAUCUCGGAAAGGGAGCGACCCAGACAAAGAGAAGAAAGGCCUGGAGAGCCGUGCGGACAGCAUCGGAAGCGGGCGAGCCAUCCCAAUUAAACAGGGUAUGCUGCUGAAGCGAAGUGGGAAGUCACUGAACAAAGAGUGGAAGAAGAAAUAUGUCACCCUGUGUGACAAUGGCGUGCUGACCUAUCAUCCAAGUCUGCAUGAUUACAUGCAGAAUGUGCACGGUAAAGAGAUUGACCUCCUGAGAACCACUGUGAAAGUCCCAGGGAAGAGGCCACCCCGAGCCACGUCAGCCUGUGCGCCCAUCUCCAGCCCCAAAACCAAUGGCCUGGCCAAGGACAUGAGCAGUUUACACAUCUCACCGAACUCAGGGAAUGUCACUAGUGCAUCUGGGUCUCAGAUGGCAAGCGGCGUCAGCCUGGGCUCCUUCAGCAGCCGACCGGACGGCAUGCACCAGCGCUCCUACUCAGUCUCCAGUGCCGACCAGUGGAGCGAGGCUACGGUCAUUGCAAACUCGGCCAUCAGCAGUGACACGGGGUUGGGUGACUCCGUGUGCUCCAGCCCAAGUAUCUCCAGCUCCACCAGCCCCAAGCUCGACCCGCCACCCUCCCCCCACGCCAACAGAAAGAAGCACCGCAGGAAGAAAAGUACCAGCAACUUCAAAGCUGAUGGGCUCUCUGGCACAGCUGAAGCCAAACGCAAAGCAUGGAAACUAAACCGUGUUGGUAGCCUGCGAAAUAUAUACAGCAGCAGCAGCACCAACACCGAAGAACAAGAAGAAAACUUUGAGUUUAUCAUUGUGUCCCUCACUGGCCAGACGUGGCACUUUGAAGCCACCACCUAUGAAGAGCGGGAUGCGUGGGUCCAAGCCAUCGAGAGCCAGAUCCUCGCCAGCCUGCAGUCCUGCGAGAGCAGCAAGAAUAAGUCCCGGCUGACCAGCCAGAGUGAGGCCAUGGCUCUGCAGUCCAUCCGGAACAUCCGCGGGAACUCCCACUGCGUGGACUGUGACACCCAGAACCCCAACUGGGCCAGCCUGAACUUGGGAGCCCUCAUGUGCAUCGAGUGCUCGGGGAUCCACCGGAACCUGGGCACCCACCUGUCUCGGGUACGCUCCCUCGACCUGGACGACUGGCCCCUGGAGCUGAUCAAGGUGAUGUCGUCCAUCGGGAACGAGCUGGCCAACAGCGUCUGGGAGGAGAGCAGCCAGGGCCGGACGAAGCCCUCCCUGGACUCCACAAGGGAAGAGAAGGAGCGGUGGAUCCGGGCGAAGUACGAACAGAAGCUCUUCCUGGCGCCCCUGCCCUGCACAGAGCUGGCCCUGGGCCAGCACCUGCUGCGUGCCACAGCCGAUGAGGACCUGAGGACAGUCAUCCUGCUGCUGGCACAUGGCUCGCGGGACGAGGUGAACGAGACCUGCGGGGAAGGCGACGGUCGCACAGCACUGCACCUGGCCUGCCGCAAGGGCAACGUGGUCCUGGCCCAGCUGCUCAUCUGGUACGGGGUGGACGUCAUGGCCCGAGACGCGCACGGGAACACGGCGCUGGCCUACGCCCGGCAGGCGUCCAGCCAAGAGUGCGUGGAUGUCCUGCUGCAGUACGGCUGCCCGGACGAGCGCUUUGCGCUCAUGGCCACGCCCAACCUGUCCCGGAAAAACAACAACCGGAACAACAGCAGCGGGAGGGUGCCCAGCAUCAUCUGACACCCAGGAAGUCACAGCACGUGAGUCCUGCCACAUCCCCCUCCCUCUUCCCGGUGGUCACCUCCUGUCCAGCCGCCUACUCACCCCACAUGAAACCUCCAAACCCGGACCUCCCCGAGGGGUGAAGAGGAGGCCAGGAGGCCGAGGAACCGAUUCCUUUUCAGACUCCAGCGACAGCGCACAGGACAGACCCUCGGGCCCUGGGGGUUUGAUGAUGAUAGCACACAGCACGGCCCGUCCUGGUGGCCUGGAGGCCGAGCGGGCUUGAAGGCCAGGGACGGGGCGGGGAGGGGCUCGAGUGAGGAGCACGGAACAAGGAGAAGGGGCGAUGCUCCCUAACUGGCAGUUAAGCACAUGAGUACGUUUCACCUCUACCAAACGGAGCACUUGGAUUUCAUCUCUUCUCCGAGGAGCUUGACGGCAUAAAUCAGAAGCAAGCACAGAGUUUGUCAGGUUUGAAGCCCCUAUGAUGGUAUGUGUCAAAUCAGUUGUAGCUAAUCUGUCCAGGGAGAAUACUGGCUUCAUUACACUUGUAUAGUUGAGUUCUUCCAGCAUUACCGCUGUUUAAUAGAACAUGAUUAGUCAUCACUGAGAAGAAAGCAUAUUAGCCGAGGAGGUAGUUACGCGGCACGCUCCGGUGAUUGCCACGAUGUGAUUGCAAUACUCUUAGAAGCAUCAUAUUAUCCCAGACAUGUUCUUUCGAGCCCUUGGAGCCCUCCUUUCUAAAUUCACUGUCAUAAUUUAGUAUCUGUUUAAUUUUUCAGUCCAAAGAGAGGAAAUCAGUUGCUGAGUAUUAUUUGACUGCAGUCUCCUUGGUGCAAAAACAAAAUGGAAAAAAAAAUAAAUAAAUGUAACUUGGAAAUUCAGAAGGAAAUCGCAGAUUCAGCUGGUAAAGCUUCUCCAGUGCAUUUGGUAAAGGAAGUAAACACGUAGUGGGCUAUUUUUUUCUGAAUGUAAGAAAGAUGUUCUGCCCGUUGGUGCAGGUGAGUGUGCUGGGCCCCAGCCACUCCAGGGCCGCACAGCCUGCGUUGCCAGGCUUCUGAAAAUCUAUUGGAAUAAAAGAAGUUCAUAAAUAUGCAUUGAUUUUUGUAAAGACAAAUGGCACUUCUGUUAAUUCAUAAAUUGAACUGGAUGUGAACUAAUAAUGUGCAACUAGUUGAGAUAAGAGGGUUACAGAUCAUUGUACAUGGAAAAUAUUCCCAGCAGUAAACACUUCCAUUAAUGUGAUAUACAGCUUUUAAAGAGGAACAUAUCAGAAUAAGAUGGUGGUACAAUUUGCUUAUUAAAAUGGAGAAAGGCAAAAAAAAGAAAGACAUUGAAGCAUUUUGGAAAGAGGGGAAGGAGCAUGUGAAUUUUCAUUCUCGAAGGCAUGAUUUACAUUUCUGCUAACCAAGAGUGAUGGGCCCGGGCAGGCUGGGGUGAUUUUUGUGACUCCUAGAACAGGUGCCUUGCAGGGGCACCUGAGAAAUGGGUGCGAAGGCAGGCACAGUCCGACUCUGGUACAUGCCACACCUGGCCCGCCAUCAUCAGGGCCACCCUGGCCAGGUGGGCCAAGAGAGAAAAUCAGAUCACAAGGGGCAGUGGCAGCGUGGCCUCGAGCCUGUAGUGGUGUGAGGAGGAGGAAAGGUUGUCAUGGUGGGAAUUGAGGACCCAGGGUUGGCGUAGCACAGGGACUUGAAGCCACAUUUGACCGGCAGCCUCCUGAGAGAUGCCUUGCUCCUCCUAUGUACUGAACCUUAUAUUUUAUAAGAACUUUUCCUCUUCUUUCACUUUUUAAAAAAAAUUUAGAUGGGGAAAGAAUAAAGCUUUACACAGAAUUUAUAUGUGGGUAAGUGUUGGAUGGAGAUUUCUCAUCUUAAGCUCAGCAGAACUGACCAGUAUGCAGAAGCCCCAGACUGAGGACCUCGGCCACGGUUUCAUAGCCCUGCCAUUGGGUUUCUAAUUCUGCUUUUUCUCACUGUGUAGUUAUUUUAAAUGUGAAUAGAGAGAAAAAAACCAUCAUUGCCUAUUUUUGAAGACCACAUUAGCAUCUAAUCCUUCCCUACACAUUCACCUCUGCAUAGCCUUGACCGUAGACUUUCUGUAGAGAACACAGCUAGAGUAUAAAUGAAAUUCUUAAAUUAUUUCAUUGUAGUUAAUUCCCACUGUAGGAAUGCUUUAUCAUAAUGGAGCCUUCUUUUGAAAAGAAACGGGAUUCCUUGUGAGGCUUCGCUUUGGGGUGUAUAUGAGUGUGUACAUAUUAUUAUAUGUGUUUAUAAUAUAAUAUUUUCCCAAAUGACUUCUUAUUCUACUUCGCCUUCUGAAAGUUAGAUCGGUGAUUGGUGUUUCCCUUCCUUUCCUCCAGCACAGGAUGUCACCCACCCAUCCACCCCACCCAGGGGCUAGGGCCCCUCCCUACCAUGUGUAGUGACAUCACGUUGAUUUCCACCAAGAGGCCACCUCUCCCUCCUGAGCCCCAGGUUUGGCAAGAGCUGGAAAGACGGUAGAAGAAGUGGCAGUACAGGGAGCCAGCAGUGGUCCAUGUGUCUGUAUCAGCAUCACUCCGGUCCUUUGCGCAUGACGCUCCUAUCUGGGUUACAGCUCACUAACACCAGCGCUGAGCAGAGCAAGGACCUAGGGCCUCCUGUAGAUGCACGCAGCGUGGGACAGAGGUCAGGUCUCGUGGUUCAUGUCCAUGUUCUGCUCCUUGAGGUGACGGUGAUGGGGGAAGCCACCACCACAGAAUCCACAGACCUUUUUCUGUUCAAAAUACAAAUAGUCCCGUGAUGAGGAACAGUAGACCGGGAGGACACACAGGCAUCGUAUACACAGGGAUAGUCAUGCAGCUGCCUGACGUGUCCAUCUCCCCCUGUCCAGGCAGCACCCCUUCUAGUUACUGUUUCCCAAACCGCAAGUGAGAGGCACAGAGGUAGCUAGAUUCUCUACUGGCCGGGGAAGCACUGCAGGAAGAACAGUGCUAUGGCGCAGACCUCCCGAAUGGCACAGACAGGUGUCACCAAGCCCAGUACCCUUACAGUCCCAGGGAUCAGUGGCUUUAGGGUGAGCGGUGACAGGCCCCAAAACCAUGCAGUGUUGCAUCUCCCAGCAAAGUUACUCGAUGUUUAUAUGGCCCCGAAAGACUGACCAAGAGGCACUGUGGGAGUGGGGAGAUUGAGCCCAGGGCCCCACCACAGAGCUCCAACCCCAGUCCGAAUCACCCUUCCCUGUGGUCCCCCAAAAGGGACUCUUCUGCACAUGCGCAAGACCUGUAGCCAGCUUUUGCCCAGAUUGGCGAGGUAAGUUUGGUUCCAGCCUCUGCCACGCAGUGCAGACACCAGGGUUCCCAGCUGUGUACUGUCUGUACCUUAGGGCCACACCUGUGUCUGCGUGGAGCUGUCAGUGCUUCCUUGGGGAGCAGCCUGGCUGGGCAAGCAGCAUUCCUUGUCUUCAAAGCUUGCGGUGAAGUCAGUUCCUAACCAGACAGGGAAAUGCUAGCCUCAGGCCUGCUGGGAGCCAGAUGCUCAGGAGCAGAGGACAUACCCAGGGACCCACCCCCAGCUGACACCUGUCCUCACUGCCUGGCCAGGUGGUGACAGCCAUGAGCCAGCCCCUCCUGGUUAGGCCUGCUCUCUGCCCAGCCCCAGGUUUCCUUUCCUGGGACCUUGGGUGCCAGCAGCAAAGUCAGUGGGAGCCCUUCUGGAGGUCACUCACUUCUCAGACUGUCCCUGGCUUUUCAGAGGCAAAGAAGGGGGCGAGAGCUGCUUUCCUACCAAUUGCUAGUGUUGCCUGGAGACCAGGGGACACCAGGAGGCUGCCACACACACACACAUCACCACCCUUUUCCUCCUUCCCUGCCAGGUACCCACAUACCCGACUGGCUGAGUAUGGUCUCAGCCCCUCUGCCUCUGUCUCCCCCAGGGAGCUUGUGCACUAGGACAUUGAGCCCCUGGCUCACCGGGGUGACCACCAUCCCUAUCAUUCGGGCUGCUCUGGGAAUGAGGAGACUCCGCACAUCUCUGUCUGGGGGAGUCCAAGCCCACCAUAGCGUCUCCUGAAAGAGCGGGGGUCAGGGCUCAAGAACCCAGGAUGCAGAGGUUUUAGGAAAGCAAACUGUAGCCUCCCAGUGGGCUCUCUUCCUGCCCACCCUGGUGUGCUGUUCCGUCCCUUACGCACGGUCACAGAGACUUCUAGAACUCUCCUGGCUGGUGUCUGUGGCCUUCAAGCAAACAAAUUGCAAAGCAAGUCAGGAAGGAAUUUGAGUAUAAAUGUUCCAGAGCCGCACGUCUUUCCUUCAGAGGAGCAAAAUUUGUCUCCCACUGCCUUGUAGAUUCUGGUUUCUGGUGUCACAGAGAGGCGCGGCCUGCGGUGGUUCUCGAGAGUCUCACCCCCACCAGGAAGCUCGGUCAGGGCUACAGGCGGCCACCACACACCACCCUUGGAGUGGGUCUCUCCCGGGCUCCUGAGUGCCUUCACUGGCCCAACUGUGAUACUGGGUGUGGUGGCCCUCCUGGCCUUGCUGACCCUCCAGUCUGCACUCUCCUCUGCGUAGUGCCCUUUCGGGAUAAGUCCUUGUCACCAAGUGUCUAAAUUAGGCAGUUUUUCCAGCCAAGACCUGGAAUUCCUUGCAGUGAAGCAGAUGAGUGAAGAAGGGCCCAGCGUCUCGGGGGAGGUGGAUUACUCUCACUGCAGGCACCGUACAGGAGGGAAGCGCUGGACCUGAGACAGUGACAUCCCUGAGUCUACAGAGAAACAAGUGCCAGGUCAUCUGGGCCCCCAUCUCUCAGUUCAUGGGGAAAAGAAUAACACCUUGGACCUUAGUGCUGGGAAACACAUAUUCUUCCCUCUAAUGAAGAAGUACUGUCCGAAAAUACAUCUCUAAAUCUUAGCGGAUUCCCAGCAAACAUGGGUUUGCAUUCUGUGUCACAGUGAAAAUUAGAGUCAUCCAUGGAGGGUUCUAGAAAGGGAUCCUAGACAACCAGCAACUCUUUUUCUUUACCUACUGGAGUUUUUAGAAGCCCGGGUUUUAAUGUUUAAGUGCUACGCCCACCCAGCUGGAGGAGUGACAGUGACGGAAGGGGUAAUCCUCCUCCUCUCAGCAGGGCCAGUAGCAGGGCUGGGUUUGCUCCUGCCUGUCACAGUGCUCACACAUGAGGCUGGGGUCCCACACAACUGGCUCCGCCAAGAGGUGGGCUCCCAGCGCUCCUGCGUCUCGAUGCCCACAUGAGUGAGAGAGAGGAAGGGAGGUCGGCUCAGGGCUUGUUUUUUAUUUCGGCCUAGCGUGCUGUGUCUGCAGGGGACCCUCCCCUCCUGGGGGUGGGUCGUAAAUCAAGCCAUAUGAUUGACUCGCCUGACACAGUCAGACCUGGAAUUCCAAACUGAGGUGUUCCAUGGCCUUGGUCUUGGUGCAGGUGAAAGAAAGGAACCAAGCAGUGGGAUUGUUGGGAAAUCUUCCCCUGCAGAGCAGAGCCCUAUACCCCACCAGCUGCUGGGAACAGUGGCACAGGAAGCUCAUGCUGCAGCUGACCCUGGCUCUCUGGAAGGGCUACCUUGCACCGACCAGUCCAUCAUGCAAAGUGUAAAGGGGCUAAGGGGCCAGGGAAAAGGCCUGUCUUUCCUGCUCUGCUGGGCCAGGAAGACAGAGAAGGGACCAAGGGUGCUGUGAGCUAGGGCCAGUCCAGGAGGUCACCCUGGCUCACUUCCUGCUCAUGUGAGCUCACUCUCCGGAUCCCAGCAGUUUUGUCCUCAGAAUGGGGACCAGAGAGGCAAAGGGUGGGUUCAGAAACUGCUUCCUGUCAUGAAGGGGAGGGAGGCACCCCUGAUCUCCCGGGCCUUACCCGGCUGAGUUCUGUCUGCACAGCCCCUGAGCUGAGCCCCAGAAUGGUUGCGGGAGCAGGUCAGGGGUGACAGACGCCUUUCUGGGUGGGAGCAGGGGAGUCCGGGCUCCCCUUUAGCACACCGUCCGGUUUCUGUAAAUAGCCGUGUAUAGAAGACAGAAGAGCAGCCGGGGUUUAUCCAGAGAUGGGGUGGUUUAUUUUGGUUGAGUUUUUGGUUUUGGUUCUGGUUUUUUAUAUUACCUCAUUCAGCAACUUUGUUUCACAACGACUCGAUGAUGCUUUAUUUAUAUUGUUUGUACUGUAAUUAAAACCAUUGACAGACAUUUCACUUUGCUUGUUAUUUCAUAUGACCUUGUUUUGAUUAAAUAUGCCAGUUUGUAUUUUCCUGCCUUGGGAUUUCUGUGUCAGCUGUACAGUAUUCUAAGGGGAAAAGGAAAAAAAGGAAAAGAAAACUGUGUAAAGUAAUGGAGAGAGGUGGCUAUGUGUAGAGACCUCUUUCUAAUAAAGAAAUGAAAAUAUGUCUAUGCC